ACAAAUACAGGUGUUAUUGAAACUGUGAUUUAAUAACUUGUUGUGGAAGGAAAGUAAAGAGCAUUUGAAUUCUUCACCAUUAUCGUGGUAAUAGCAAAGAGAAGAAGAUGAAUUCUGAUUCAUUCGUUAGUUGCCCCUUCUGCGAUUCACAUGUACCCUUAUCUCAACGCACUGGGCACUUCAAGACGCACUUUUGGGAUCUCGGAAAUGAUUUUGACCUGCCCCCAGUAUCUCAAUCUCAAUCUCAAUCUCUUCCGAGAGAGCAAGCAGCCAAUGGCUCACGGUCUGGAGCAAACUAUUCGUGUGGUGGUGAGACUAAUAGUGAUAAUGGGGAAUGCAAAGUGAAUGAAAAAAUCUCUUGCUUGAUUGGUUCUCAGACAAGGAGCAAUUUUUACAAAGUUGAAGGGGGUUUGAUGGCAUUGUUGAGAUGCUGUUUAGAGUCUGAAGUUGGAAAUUCUUAUAGUAUUUUGUCAGGUUAUGUUGAUCAUUUCCAGUGCCUUGAAUCUGUGGAUGCUGGAUGGGGUUGUGGCUGGCGUAACAUUCAGAUGCUUUGUUCUCACUUACUAGUGCAAAGACCAGAAGCAAGGAAAGCUUUGUUUUGUGGUUCGGGAUUUGUUCCUGAUAUCCUUUCACUCCAGAGAUGGCUUGAGAUUGCUUGGGAAAAGGGUUUUGAUGCGCCUGGAUCAGCUCAAUUCAAUCAUGUUAUUUGGGGUUCAAAAGAAUGGAUAGGAACUACUGAGUGCGCUGCUCUUUUGCGUUCCUUUGCUCUUCAGGCAAGAGUAGUGGAUUUUGGUCCUAAGGAUUCCCAAUCCCUUACUGGUUCAAGUGUUGAUGACAUGAUGGAUAAAGCAAGUAUUCAUAAUAUGGUAAAAAGAAAAGCUGAAAAGAGUAAGGGUUAUCAAGUUCUCAUGGAUUUUGUGUGGAAUUACUUUUCUGAUAAAAGCUCAAUCCAAUUUGGCCAGCAGCAUGUUGUGAUCAGUGAGAAAACGCCUCUAUACUUUCAACAUGAUGGUCACUCAAGAACAAUAGUUGGAAUUCAAGUCAACCGUCAACAAAAAGGACAUCUUCAAUAUAAUCUCUUAGUUUUGGACCCUGCUCAUAGUACGGAUGCUCUUGAAAGAUCACUAAGGCUGAGAGUUGGAUGGGAGAAACUCAUAAAAAGAGGAAUGCAUACACUGAAGAAGCCACAAUACCAGUUGUGUUAUGUUGAUCCUGGAAUCGCUAGUGAGGAGGAGAUGGAAAAACUCAAGACAAUUGAUAGUGUCUUCCUUGAAUUUUAAACAAGCAUAUAAAGCACUUUGCUACAUCCAAGCACUAUCUUCUAGUUCUUGUCAUUGAACUAUUUUUCUUGGCAUUUAUUCUGACUAUAAUUUUAUUACACUGGAGAAGAAAUUCAAGAAAAACCUAGUUUUAUGACUUGAUACAACAGACACUUUUUACAGUUACAGAUUCCAGAUCUGUACAAAACUGUCGAGUAUAAACCUAUGAAGUUUCUUCAAAGCUCUGUAACCUGAAUAUCCUUGAAUAAAGUCCUGCUUCUGCUGCUA